AGUCGCAGAAAAACAAAUGCCUCAACGUGAAUUAAGCUGAAUGGAAUCGGAGUCAGAGAUCUGCCACUGAACCCUAAUAAGCACCUUAUUCUUCCAAUUUUGAUUUUCUUAUAUCGUUCUGUUCAUCAUCUCAGCUGCAGAUCGAUCUCCAUUUGUUCUUGGACGAUCCAGUUCUGGGUAGUUUGCACUAGACAAUAUGGCUUACUCAUCGCAAAUCAUCAUCCAUUCUAAAAAGUUAAGAAGUGUUCCAAAGUUGCUUCGGCAAGCUAGUUCAGUUCGCUGGUUUUCAGAGGAUGUGCAGUCCUCCAUUGUUAAAGAAGAUGAAAUCUGGAAGAUCAAGGGUCGUGGUUACCAGUCUUCUCAAGAAGGGGCAAUUAAGAACCUUGUCAAUUUUAACCACAGACCACACUUUCUCCAAUGUAAAAGAGGACUUUCAAUGAUGACGACGACAAGUAUUGGGAAUCCGUUUUCUAGCAGUUCACUGACAAACUCAAAGAGAGGUUUUGCCUCUGAUUCAGGUCUUCCCCCACAUCAAGAGAUUGGAAUGCCUUCGCUUUCCCCUACAAUGACAGAGGGUAACAUUGCAAGGUGGUUGAAAAAAGAGGGGGAGAAAAUUUCUCCUGGGGAAGUGCUUUGUGAAGUUGAAACAGAUAAAGCAACAGUAGAAAUGGAAUGCAUGGAGGAAGGUUAUCUUGCCAAGAUAAUUCGUGGAGACGGAGAAAAGGAAAUUAAAGUUGGUGAGGUAAUUGCCAUCACUGUUGAAGAUGAAGAGGAUGUAGCAAAGUUUAAAGAUUAUAAACCCACUUCAUCAAAUGCUGAUGCUGGUGCUGCAGCUGCUAAGGAAUCAUCUGGCCCUAGCCCACCCAAGAAAGAAGUUGAGGAACCAGUUCGUUCACCUGAGUCAAAGACUGUUAAGCAGAGUCCUCCUGCUCCAGCUGGAGAUCGUAUUUUUGCUAGCCCUCUGGCAAGAAAGUUAGCAGAAGAAAACAAUGUGCCCCUAUCAAGUAUCAAAGGAACAGGUCCUGAAGGGAGCAUUGUGAAGGCUGACAUAGAAGAUUACAUGGCUUCGCGUGGGAAGGAAUCAACCACAGCCCCAAAAGCCAAGGAUGCAGCAGGUGCACCAUUGGAUUACAGUGAUUUGCCACAUACUCAAAUAAGAAAGAUUACAGCAUCACGAUUACUAUUCUCAAAGCAAACCAUUCCUCAUUAUUAUUUAACUGUUGAUACAUGCGUUGACAAGCUCAUGGAUUUGAGAAAGCAGUUAAAUGCAUUACAAGAAGCAUCUGGUGGAAAGAGGAUAUCUGUUAAUGACCUCGUCAUUAAGGCUGCUGCCUUGGCUCUGAGGAAAGUACCUCAAUGCAACAGUUCAUGGACGGACAAUUAUAUUAGACAGUAUCACAAUGUGAACAUUAAUGUUGCAGUGCAGACUGAUAAUGGACUUUUCGUUCCCGUCAUCAGGGACGCAGACAAAAAAGGUUUAUCUAGUAUUUCUGAAGAGGUCAAGAAAUUAGCGCAGAGAGCGAGAGAGAACAGUUUAAAGCCAGAAGAUUAUGAGGGAGGCACUUUUACUGUGUCUAACUUGGGAGGUCCAUUUGGAAUCAAGCAAUUUUGUGCCAUUAUCAACCCGCCGCAGUCGGGCAUUCUUGCUGUUGGAUCUGCGGAGAAGAGGGUCAUACCAGGAUCGGGCGCUGAAGAAUUCAAGUUUGCUUCCUUCAUGUCGGUUACACUGAGCUGUGAUCAUCGCGUUAUUGAUGGGGCAAUCGGCGCAGAUUGGCUCAAAGCAUUCAAGGGCUACAUCGAGAAUCCCGAAUCAAUGUUGCUAUAGGUUUGAUUGAUUGACUUAUCCAUUUUCAUCAAACAAAUUAUUGUCUGUUGUCACAUAAGCAAUCAUGCGGAGGGAAGAUUGCGAUCUCGGCUCUUCUUUUGGAUAUAUUCUAUUUUCGGCUUCUGUUGUAGUAUCCUUGGGAUCUCCUUUUGGCAACACAACCAAAGGAGAUUGGAGUUUGCAUAUAUAGACUAAGGGAAUAAGGUGGUGAUUGUUGAGGAAUUGGAUUUCCAAACGAACGCAGCUUGUAAUUUAUUUUCCUUCUCGAUUGGUCUGGUUUUCAGGUCAAUAAAGGAUAUAGACGAAGAGGAAAUUUUGUCCGUUUCAUCAUCUGCUGAUUGAUAAUAUACAGUGAAUUGCUUCCUGGAUGAAAAGGAGCACUUAAAAUUCAUUCAAAAUAGAUCAUUUCUGAGAAUACAUAGC